UCAAUAAGGUCCUCUUAUUUAUUCUUUGUGCGAACUCUGGUUCUGGAAAAAGAAACAAAUACAAAUAAUAAGGUAGCAGCAACCACUGGUUUUAUUAUGGGACAGCUCAUGAGAUUCGUAUCCAUCUAUUAUGCGCCCUUUUAUCUAGCUUUGGGUAGACCUCAUACAAUAACUGUCCUUGCUUUACCUUAUCUUUUGAUUCAGCUUUUCUUGAACACUGAAAAAAAAAAUUUUGCUUAUGGAUCUAAUAACCAAAAUUCGAUCCGUGAGCUAGAGAAUAUCUUUGUAUUCCUCAAUCAUCUUAUUUUUCAGUUGCUUAACACUUGCAUUUUACCAAGUUCAACGUUAGCCCGAUUAGUAAGCAUUUAUCUGUUUCGCUGUAAUAAUAAGAUGUUGUUUGUAACAAGCAGUUUGUUUGCUUGGGAAUGGGACAAAUUUUAGUCAUAAAUUGCUUGGAAUUUUUAGCAGUCUGGAUACAGAAAAAUAAUGUUAUUAGGUCGAUCAUUCGAAAGUACCUAGUGAGAAAUUCUAUAUUUUUUAUUUUAGUAAAUUAUAGUUUUGGAACUCUAGUAUGUAUUCUAAGUAUUCAGUCUUUAGGCAGAACACCCUUACCUAUUCCUACUCAGAAAUUUAGUGAGGUCUCAAAAAUAGAACAAAGGGAAAAGGAAAGGUUGCAAAGGGAGGAAGAAAAAGACGUAGAAAAAAAAAAGAAAUCCGCUGAAAAAGAUCCUUCCCUUUUUUCCGAAGAAAAAGGUAUUUUGGAAAAAGAAUUGGACUUGAAGGUAAAUGAACCAGACUUGGAAGGGUCUGAUUCCGAAUUGGAAAUCCUUGAAAAAAAUGAAAAUAAAGAACAUAUUGUGGCUCUUCUUUUUGAUUAUAAAAGAUGGACUCGCCCAUUUCGUUACAUAAAAAAUAAUAGACUUGAACAAGCUGUAAGAAACGAAAUGGCACAAUAUUUCUUUGACAUACAUAAAAGUGAUGGAAAAGAUAGAAUAUCUUUUACCCAUCCGAUAAGUUUAUCAACGUUUUUUCAAAUAAUCAAAACAAAG